GUGAAAUCAAAUCAGAGACAAAUGAGAAACCCCACUACUACUGACACGCCAUAACCAAACCAAACCAAAAGGAGUGAUGAUGAUGAUGAGGGCGGACAUUACGAGGAGUAACAACAACCCAUAAAUCCUUCCUACCCCUUUCUCAACUCAACUCAACUCAACACCCAUCCAUCGUUUCUUCAUACUUCAAUUCUAUGGCCGAAUCAGCAGCAGCUUAUUUAUGCACUUUCCAUCAUUCUGGUUCUGAAGCUGCAAAACCUGCAGUAGUUCGGAUGCAUAAUGCCAAAUGGCUCACAUCAACCAAAUCUCAUGUUCCAACAUUUGGUAGGGAGCUUGUUUCUUCUCCAAAAAAGCGAGCGGGAAUUGUUGUGUCAUGUGAGAAGAAAUCCGACAAUGUUGUUAUUGAGGAGUCUAAGGGCCCAUCAGAGAAAAGUUUUUCUCGACGUGCAACUUUUCCUAGUGGUUUUGAGGAGCUUGUCGUUGGAGUCUGUGAUGAGACACAGAUUGCUGAGCUGAAGAUAAAGAUUGGGGAUUUUGAAAUGCAUCUUAAGCGGAACAUUCAAUCAACAGAAGCAGAAGCAGAAGCCCACACGCUUGUCGUUUCACCUACCGAACCACCACCGAUUCCAAGUAAACCAAUGACCGGAUCUACUCCUGCUGACUCACCCACCGCUUCCGAAAAAGCAACUGCAAAUCCGUUUACAAAUGCAAGCUUUAACAAGUCGAACAAAUUAGCAGCACUGGAAGCUUCUGGUGCUAGUGGACAUGUUUUUAUAUCAUGUCCAACGGUUGGAUCAUUCCGUAAGGGACGGACAUUCAAAGGCAAGAGGCAGCCACCUGUUUGUAAAGAGGGUAGUGUGAUUAAAGAAGGACAAACGAUAUGCUACUUGGACCAGUUUGGCACUGAACUUCCUGUAAAGUCGGAUGUGGACGGAGAAGUCAUAAAGUUCCUAGUUAAUGAUGGAGAGGCUGUUGGUUAUGGAGAUCCCCUUAUCGCGAUUUUGCCCUCGUUUCAUGAUAUUGUCCUGUAAAAUGAUCGCCGUUGAAGAAUUUGAGCUUACGUUAAACAGGUAGAACUUGUGGAAAACAAUCGUUCAUGUAAUUAGCUAUGUUUAUGUAUAUCACCUAUGAUAAUAUAUUAAUAUCGGUUAUUUGCUUUAUAUAUAUUUCCUUGUACACCA